AUGACAUUCAUCGCGACAACCUCGCUGCCCGUCCAGGAGUGCUACCUCCGCUUCGCCAAGGCUCGAGAGGCGCAGCCUCGCCGUGCUGUCAAGCGCCGGCUGCCCGGCCUGCCGUCCUGGGUGCCCGACCUCCGCCUCCAGGAGGCCGAAACCCUGCCGGCCUACACCUUCAGAUACGGUAAGUUCUCGGGCGGCGGAGCCGAGGCCGGGACCAUCCAAGUCAUUGACGACAAGGUUCUCCGUUGCAGUGGAAUCGUGGUGGACAUGGUCAAGGACCGCGGCGUCUUCAUGUUUGACUUGCCGCUCCCGCCGAAGUCCGCACGGAUACCGCACCCGCUGGACAAGAUGAACACCUUGACCGCCCGGCACGUGCUGAAGCACCUCGAUUAUUACAGGGCGUGCGUGCGCCUGGCGUCGCCUUCGGGCUCAGAGAACGUCCGGGACCUGGCCCCGGAGCGGCUUGCGUCCCUGUGGAAGGCCUUGACGUGCGAGCGGGCCCAGCUGAGCGACCGCAUCGACGUCGACCUAUCAGAGCAGUUCGAGGCAAUGGUCACCGGGAUGGACACGUGGUUCACCUCAGAGGACCCGGGCGAGGCGGAGAAGGCGCGUUUGAACGUCAUAGCCACCGGCCUGUCGAUCGAGAGGAGCAUCCUCGGCUUCGGGGUCCUGCGGCGGCUCUGCCUCACGGCCGAGAGCAGGCUCUGCAUGUCACCGAAUGAGGCGAGGGUGGGCGACGUGAUCUGCGUCCUGCUCGGGUUCGAGGUCCCCUUUGUCAUUAGACCCACGAGACGGGGCAUGUACGAGCUGAUCGGAGACGCCCACGUCAGUGGCAUAAUGGAUAGCGAGGUUCUCUCUGGCAAGCAAGAUCGAGUGGAUAUCAUGUUGGAAUGA